AACAUCAGCUUUUGUUGUUUAAGCGCCAUCAAAGACAGAAAGGAGACAGGCUUCCAAACUGAGAUGGAUCCACAUGUGAUGAAAUGGAGAUCAUCUGCUGUCAGUGUGCUGCUGCUGCUCACACUCUACCCCAUCACCACUGCAGCUGCUGUCAGCCUGAAGGAACAUCUGGCUGACUGUCUGGAGGACAAAGACUACGAUGAGCUGCUGCACACCGUGAAGACAGGACUACCUCACAUAAAAACAUCUCAUCAUGUCGUGAUCGUCGGAGCUGGCGUGGCUGGACUGACGGCUGCCAAACUCCUGCAGGACGCAGGACACCAGGUGACCAUAAUAGAGGCGAGUGGUCGUGUCGGAGGACGAGUGGAGACCUACAGGAAUGAAAAAGAAGGCUGGUAUGCUGAACUGGGAGCCAUGAGGAUCCCACGUUCUCACCGCAUCGUCGGCUGGUUCGCUAAAAAACUGGAAGUCAAGCUGAAUGAGUUCAUCAUGGAGGACAUCAACACCUAUUACCUGGUCCACGGGCGGCUGAAGAGGACGUACGCAGUGAAAGCCAAUCCUGACAUCCUGAAGUAUAAACUUCCCAAAAGAGAGAGGAGGAAGUCAGCCGACCAACUGCUACAGCAGGCUCUGCAGAAGGUGAAAGAUGAAGUGGAGGCUCAUGGCUGCAGAGCUGCUCUGAGGAAGUACGACCACUAUUCUGUAAAGGAGUAUCUGAAAGAAGAAGGUGGUCUGAGUCCAGAAGCAGUGAGGAUGAUCGGAGACUUACUCAAUGAACAGAGCCUCAUGCACCUGGCUCUGACUGAGAUGAUCUACAUCGAGAGCGACGUCAGCGACAGCACCAAGUACGACGAAGUGACUGGUGGGUCAGAUCUCCUAACCAAAGCUUUUCUUCCUGUCCUUGAUGUCCCCAUCCUCCUCAACUCCAAGGUCAAACGUAUCAGCCAAUCAGAUGAGGGUGUAAUUGUAUCCUAUCAGACGGGCCACCAGACCUCUUUGACAGACCUUUCUGCUGACACUGUUUUGGUAACAACCACAGCCAAAGCAGCCCUCUUCAUGGACUUUGACCCACCUCUCUCCAUCAGAAAGAUGGAAGUCCUGAGAGGGGUCCAUUAUGAAAGCUCCACUAAAAUCCUCCUCACCUUUCGCGAGAAGUUCUGGGAGGAGGACGGCAUCCGAGGAGGAAAGAGCAUCACUGACGGGCCCUUGCGUUACAUCUACUACCCCAGCCACAGUUUUCCGACAAAUAAGACCAUCGGCGUCCUCCUGGCUUCCUACACCUGGUCUGAUGACUCCCUCCUCUUCUUAGGUGCGAGCGAUGAAGACCUGAAAGAGCUGGCUCUGAGAGAUUUGGCAAAGAUCCAUGGAGAGCAAGUCUGGUCUCUCUGCACAGGGGUGGUGGUGAAGAAGUGGAGCAUGGAUCCUCACAGCUUGGGUGCUUUCGCUCUCUUCACGCCCUAUCAGCAUUUAGAGUACUCAAAGGAGCUCUUCAGAAGUGAAGGCAGGGUGCACUUUGCUGGAGAACACACAGCCUUCCCUCACGCUUGGAUCGAGACAUCCAUGAAAUCUGCAAUCAGGGCUGCUACCAACAUUAACAAAGAAUCAGCUAGAACUCAGCAUGACGAGCUCUAGGGUUUUAAAUCUAACACUUUUACUUGGUUGCUUUAGCAGUCAGGCCCAUCGGGUUUGUCCUCACACCAUGCAGCUCCAAAUUAAACUGCUGGAUUUUCUGUACUGAAAAUGGUUUGAUGUUACCAGGUGAAGGUAUAAUCAGAUGUAACUCACUUGCAAUCAAUAGUAUGCACACCACUAAUGUCACUCCAGGCUUGAUGUUUCUGUCGUCGUCAUUUAUGUCUGUGUAAUCAAAUAGGUGCUAAAUAAGAAGAACCACAACUAUCUUUCUCUUCUACUUUACACAUUGUUCAAGACAUGGUGCUCAGAAUUCUCCAUGAUAUUUAUCGACCUCAACUGAUGACUUGUGGGCAUUACAGUAACAUUAAAUACAACUGUAUCAUUUUCAAACCUGAUCUUCAUAACUUAUUACACUUAAUUGUCAGGAACUGUUGUCAGUUUAGUCAGGACUAAAUACUGACAAAACUAAUAUUUAAAAACCAAACCAAAGCAAAUGGCUCCCAUUAGGAUACUAUUUAUUUUGUUAAUUGCAGAUAAUAAUAGGCACUCCAUCAGAAUAUGGCAACAGCAUUGACAAAUGGUCAUACAGAGAAAGAUACAGCAAGCAAGUGACACUGUAAUACACUGAAGAGUUGCAUUCCAGGACACAACUAAAAGGCUUAGCACAUGUUACGAGUAUCAGUCAAAUUCGUUCAUACAUAUUUGUAAUUUGUAACCUGGGAUAGGGUAUUUUGUGCUCUCAUAUUAGUUACUUUGUACACUCUAAAUUUUUCUUUUGUGCUCUUAAAUGUAAUAGUUUGUUGGAGCGUCUGAGGGAGUAUGUGCAUAGCAUUAUGUUAGCUAGCUAGCUAUGGUAGUCUCCUCAGCAAAAUCGUAUUCAAUCACAAUGCUAGCAACAGAGCUUAAGUGGAUAAACAGGUAACUGUAUAAAUAAAAGAAAACAUAAGAAAUAUGUAAUUACAAGGUUUCCACCGCACAGUGACAAUACGGUUUUGUUAUAUGAGCGAAAUGUGUGGAUAUACUCAAAACAUGACAUUUUAAAGAAUGUUGUUUUAAAAACCAUUGUGGGAAGUGUAAGUCAUUACAUUGAUGGCUGAAUUAUAACGUUUAUAAUUUGUGUGCACAAAUUAAUGAACCAAGAAAAAUAAAUUGUCUGCAUCGAUGAAAAUCAAAUGUAACCUCUUAAUUCACAUUACAGAUUGAAUUAUUGCAAAUCCAGGAAUCCUGGGCCACUAUAAUCACAAUUAAAACCUGGAGGGACUACUGUAUGUGCAGAAAAUAUAAUAGUAUGCAGAUGAUAUAACUUUAUAUGUAGAUGAUAUUACCAGCUCUAUUUCCUUUGCUUUAUCGAAUAAUAUAAAAUCUAAACCUCUAUGGUACAAUUUAUUGUCUGAAAUGAUGUUACUAAUUUAUUAUCAAAUCCCCUCUGAUCGUCUCCAGUUGUUGUCUUUUCUCUUUGCAUUGACAGCAACAGAUCAGUUUUCCUGCUCUAUGUAGAAACAGCAUAGGUAAAACCAAACUGCUGGGCAAGCACCCAUCCCUGUAGCCAAGCAGCUGUGAUUUGUUGACAUUGAGGCAAAUAUCACCUUCAUUGCAAAGAUGAUUAAAGUGAUUUAAAACUACAACACAUUGUGAGCUAUCUUGUUUACCAUCUUAUAACUGUGACACAUUUGGGGUUAAUUUUAUGUGAUUCAUCAAGUGUAUUUUUACUUUCAUGGAAGUAACUUUCCAAAUUCUAUCCAAUGUGUAAUGAAAGAGCAAUUGCAAAACUUAUUUCGAACUAAGUCACUUCUGCAGGUUAAUGUUCAUAACAAGCACAUCAAAUAUGUAUUUUUUGCAAUAGAAAUGAUUUUAUUUUAAUAUUGUUUUCUGAACCAGCAUAUUAAAAAAAGCUUUUACAGAAUUGAUUUCAAUGUCUUUGACUAUUUGACAGACAUUAUUUUUUAUAUUUUGUCUGGUGAACUUCAAAAGACUCCACCAUGAAUACAGUUAAUAGGAAAAAAAUUGAACACAAAGCAGGUAUUUGAUACCAUUAACUGAAAAUCAUUGUGUAAUA